UACCGCUCUCAGAAACAAGAAGGUCGCACAUAGCAGCGUUGUAUUGAGGCAGAGGAGAAACCAAACUUUGAAUCAUGCUGGGACAAGCUGUAAGACGAUUCACAACGUCUGCUGUUCGUUCUUCACACUAUGCUGAAGGACCAGGGAAGAAUCUGCCAUUUUCCGUGGAGAAUAAGUGGCGUCUGCUGGGUAUGAUGGUGUUGUUCUUUGGCAGUGGCUUUGCAUUCCCCUUCAUUGUUGUCAGACAUCAGCUCCUGAAGAAGUAAAAUGGCCCAGUGCUAUUAUACAGCCUUCAAGGUCAUCAGCUGGAACAUAUUUAUCCAUCAGAGUUCUGUCCCUGCAGAAGAAUGGAAAUCUCUUAAUUGUCUUUGUAAAUAAAGUUUCCUCAAAUAUGAA